AUGAGAAUUGGUUUGAGGACAUCUGGUCAUCUGCUCAUUGGUGUGGUCAGGAUCUACUCCAGAAAAGCAAAGUAUCUCCUUGCAGACUGCAGUGAUGCCCUGGUUAAAAUUAAAAUGGCAUUCAGACCAGGUCAGACUGAUAUGCCCGUGGAGGAGCUCGAGGCUGCGCAAAAAGCAAUUACCUUGGUCGAAGAUUUCACUGCCUUUGAUGUCCAGCUGCCAGACCCGAGUAACAUAGAUGUUGUGGACCACUUUUCACUGAACCAGAGUCGAUCAGAGGAAAUCACUCUGAAAGAGGAUUUUGGAAAUGGCUUUCUGAACUCUGCAUAUUUUGGAGAUGAGUCCCAGAGCCACCAAACUGGACUACUGGAUAUGAGCUUCCAGAGCCUGGCUCAACAUGGAGACACUUUUGGGGAUGAGGAUAAAGGGUUCGAUCUACUCGACUUUCUGACGAUCUCCAGUGAUCAGUCCACCGACUUCAUCCCACAAGAGCCUCGACAUGCUCCAGAGAUCUCUGCACCAGAUUGUCAACAAGACUACAUAUGCGUUCCGGAUGCUGAGAGGAUGGAGGUGGAGACCCCCACACCGAAUGAGACCACCCUGCUUGCUAAUGAGGAGAAGGCCUUUGCCCUUGAACCUGUGGCCAUCACUCCGAACUCGGAGAGGAAGAAGGGGAAGAGGAAACGCAAGUUGGUUGUGGACCAGACUAAAGAGCUGACCAAUGAAUCAAUCAGAGACCAGCUCUCGGACUAUUCAGAUCUGGUCGUCCCCUUGGACAUGGCCCCCCCAACCCUGCAGCUCAUGCAGUGGAAAGAGAACGGAGGUGCAGACAAACUCUUUUCACGGCCAUGUUCCACUGUACUAACGCCACAGAUAAAGGAGCUCUUUAUCAAGACUGUUUUCAAGGUGAAAUAUUGCAGUGCGUGUGGGGAGGUUGAGGAGAUGCGCCAGGAUGGACAAGAAGCUCAGAGGAACAUAAGUGCCCUCACCACAGACGUCAGUGUCGCAGAUUCAUCUAUAGAUACUGAAAAAACACACCACACUGAGCUGACAGUCUUCGAUCACAUGAACGACAGUCAACGUGAGAAUUACUCAGAGCUCGCACAAGAUGGAAACAGGUCAGAGUUCACUCAUCCAGAACUUCCAUCAGAAGACUCCAUGUUUGUCCAUCCAUCUCAUGUGGAGCAGACUCAGUCAACUUCCCUUCACACUCAGUCUAUGCUGGACAGCCAGGACUUUGAGGAGAGGGGUGUCCAGGCAUCCAGGCGUGCACAGAAGCUUCUGAACUCUCUAAAAAAAAGAAACGGUGACACCACGUUCAGCCUGGAGGCACUGUGCGAAGGAGGCAAUCGCUGGCAGGCUGCAACCACUUUCUUCUGUCUCCUGGUCCUGAUCAAACAAAAAGCCCUUCACCUGCACCAGAGCGCACCCUAUGAGGACAUCACUGUCACACCUGGACCCAGCUUCUAUGAGUAGUGCGACAGAAAAUCGUUCCAGAGAAUUAAAGCUUCGGGUUACAUGUUCAUAAAAGAGUUGCAGUCCUGGUUCUGCUGGAUCUGCCUCAUGCACAAGUAGCACAUGUUCGUGUUACUACAUCAGUUUUCUGUUUACUUCACUGGGAAAACCUGUCACACACGUUAGUAUGUUUGUUUGUGUGUCUCAAAGCUUGUACAUACUCCUUGUGCUUGUUCUUGGCCCUUUUCCUUUGUGAGGAAUUGGAACGGUAUCAAUGAAGGACUAUUUAUAUCGGCAACUUCUGAUACUAAGCAGUUUUUUCUUGAGGUGUUUUCGUGACUGAAAUUUCCUGCAUGUUCAGUUAGUGUUUUAAACCAGUUCCUCUUCUGUUUAUUUUAAACACAGAAUACACAGAACACCCACUCUGUGUAAGAGCCGUUAGGCACCAAAUGUCGAUUAAACCCCCUGUUGGGUUUUAUCUGAGAGAAAAAUUAACAUUUCAAUGUAAACGAACUACAGGUACAUCUAUUUAACAUUGUUCUUUUUCAGCAGGUAGCAUAUAUUUAUUUGAUAUUACAGUCAUAUAUCCGCCUGUCAUUCUUGUGGUCUAGAUAGAUCUCGGCUUCUGUACAGCACUGAGCUGUAUGAGCAACAAAUGGUGUGACUGGUGUUUAAAUUGUACAGUGUGAAUAGACUCACAAAGUUAUUUAUUAGCCCACAACUUGUGUAUGUCGUCCAUUUUAUGCUCACACAUUCAGGGGAAAGCUACAUAUAUUUGUUUUUAUCACAGGUGCGUAUCGUAAGAGUAAUAGAGAUCAUAUGCUUAGAAGGCAUAGGAAUUCAGUGACAUUCCCAUUUCCCACAUGUUCUUGGAGUUCAGUAUGUACAAAGUCUAUAAUUUAAGAGUUUAAGCCAUUUUAAAUGUGUUCAACUGAAAUUGUAAAUAUCUUUUUAUGGCUUGUGUGAUUUGACGAUUGUAUUAAAAUAAA